AUGCCGCAGUGGGGCUACUGGGCGGUCGUCGUGCUGCAGCUGUGUGCACAAAUGAAGUGUCCUGCAGCGGAGCGACCGCACACAGAUGACCACCGCCUGGUGGCCCACAACCGGAUGAACUGGCAUGCCGUGUGGGCAGCCGCCAAGGCAGCCGGCAGCGAGGCCGAGUUCCUUGCGGCCAUGAGGGCGUCCGCCCAAGGAGGCGCCGACAACGUCCUCCGCGGUGUUACCCACGGGCUGACGGCCCCAUCUCUCAUGGAAGUGUCCCAUGGGUUAUCCCCUUCAACCUCCAUUACUACAGCCUCCGCAGCGGCAACGGGAGCAGGCCAAGACCAGGCCAAGGGCAGCCCCUCCUCCCUCCCCCAGCAGCAGCAGCAGCAGCAGCCCAGCUGGAAGAGCUUCGUGGUGGAUGGCCAGGCGCCCCAGAUCAGUAAAGAGCUGGCACAGAGUGUAGCCAGGGGGGGAGCUGUCAUUGUCACGUGGGCCAACUUUGCGCUGUGGGAUUUCGUCAAGACCUGGAUCUCCCACACCAAGGAAGUGGGCCUUGACAACUUCCUUGUGGGGGCUAUGGACGCCCAGAUCGGCAGUGAGCUGGUGGCGGCCGGUGUCCCCUGCUUCGCCAUGUACUCCGGGGGGUCGAACCACUCGGGUGUGGGGGCGGACCACCUGCAGUGGGGGGGGGAGGCCUUCCAUAAAAUGGUGGGGGCACGUGACGGGGGGGUUGGGUGGAGGGGGUUGGAGGGUCGCCAGAAGAUUACCCUGGCCCAGCUGUUCCUGGGUUUGGGUUUGGAUCUGCUGCUGGUGGACGUGGAUGUGAUGCUGCUGGGAGACGUAAUGGAGUACUUUGGGCGAUAUCCCCAGGCGGACAUCCUGGUCACUUCCGACCAGUUGGCCUCCACCCUGGAGCCGGGGGAUGCGGGGCUGGAGAUGCCGGAGCAGGCCCAGGCGCCCAUGAACAUUGGACUAAUGUUCUUCAGGUAUUCCGACCGCACCGUUACGUUCGUUGACUCCUGGCUGGCUGCCAUCAACGCGGACCCGCAGUACUGGGACCAGAACGCCUUCAACGACCUGGCUCGUCAGGGUUGGGACCCCGUGAACAAGGUUCACCCCAACCAGAAGCGUGUGUUCAUGGGGGCCAAUGGCACUCUGGCGGUGGGGGUGCUGCCGGUGGCGUCAUUCUCCGGCGGACAUACAUACUACGUACAGAGGCUUUACGAGGGGGGUCACUUACUUCGUUCCUGGCAUGCGCACUCGGCUCUCGGAAGGGGAGAACGAGACGACCUGUUUGUGAGUGUGGAGCUCCGGCGGGUCCCCUCCGCCACCUGGUCCGAGCACAGCGCCAAGAACAACAGCGCCAUGAAGAGGUACCACUUCCGGGGUCUGGACCUGCAGCUGGAGGCGGUGCGGUGGCGGGAGCACUCCUUCCUGGAGAACCCCCGGUGUCCCGGCUGGGUGAAGAGGUCCCGGGUGACGUUCUACAGCAAGCCGGGUAUCUCCCAGCCCAUGGAGAAGUAUGUGGUUCAGGAGGGCGGUCUGGUGGUGGUGCUGCCGGCCAACCUGACGGAAAGAGCGCUCAGGGAGGUGCUGAAGCCCUACUGGGCGAUCAAGGUGUGGCAUAUCAAGGACCCGGAGAAUUUCUUUGGCGGCUUCGACGACAAAACGCUAGGAGAGGCGGUGGAGUCCCGCAUCAAGCACCUGGUGCCCGUCAUGCCGCCAGAUCCCUCGCCGCCGCCGCCGCCAACGGCCAACUCAACAACGGCGGAUGGCGCAGCUCUGGCACAGACCGGCGGCGGCGCCGACGCUGGUACCGCGGCCACGGGUUCAAGCACAAACACAGGCUCAGCUGCCAGUGCUCGACGGCUGGGACGAGCACGCAAGCGGAGCCGCACGCAGAUGGUGCAGUUCUCAGUGUCAUUCGUUCGCGCCAUCGUGCCCUCUCCUCUCGCACCAUCGUUAAAACGCCCUCGUCCGGAGUGA